AUGCGUAAGCGCAGCGCGACGUACGGCGUCGGGCAGAGAGGCGGUGCUCGCGGCGGAGCGCGGACGAUGCCGCGCUGGCUGUGGGCGGCGAUGCUGGUCUUGGCGACCGGCGCUCGCGCUUGGACUCCACCGGACCAUCUCGUACUAGCGCCGAGACUCCGGCGACAUACAGCACAGACCAAUUCCAGACAACUUCAACUACUUGGAUGGCAACUGGAGUUACAUGAGAACAGAGCUAUUCGUUCGCCCUUCUACAACGAGUGCCAGUUUUAUAAGGGUCGAGUAAUAGACGAGAAGGAGUCUUCGGUGACAGUUACUGAGUGUGACGGACAAUUGUAUGGACUGCUGCAGGUAGGCAAUGAAGAGUUUGUGUUGGAACCGACAAGAACUGAGGGAUCGCACGUGCUUCGACGGCGUGAUGUGAUGUUAUCCGAAUGGACAACUGCUUACAAUCUCACAGGUGAUACAGUAACGGACCUUGAACUUGACUUCGAGGAUGAGGAUGACCCGGUACUAAUGCCGCACAUACAUCCUCGACACAGCGAUUCUCCUUCUGUGGACUACUAUCGCGGAGUGCGCACUAUCAGUAGACCAAUUUCAGGUGUCAAAGGUUUAUGGCUUGAAAUGGCUAUUGUGGCUGACCAUACGAUGCUGAAGUUUCAUGGGAAAGAGAGAGUGAAACACUACAUUCUAGCACUAAUGAAUAUUGUCAGUGCCAUCUUCAAUGAUCCCUCACUGAACUCGAACAUGACUCUUGUAAUCAACAAAUUGUUUUUAUAUGAAGAGAAAGAUUACAUAAUCAAAUUUGGAAAUGUGAAGAAGUCUUUGGAGGCUGUAAAUAAGUGGAAUUAUAGGCAUUUAAUGAAGUUACCACCAGAUAGUACUGGUUGGGAUGCAACAGUAUGGCUAACGCGAUCGCAACUUGGUGGCCCCUCGGGCUUCGCCCCUGUCGGCGGUGUCUGCUCCAGAGCUCGGUCCGCUGCGUUAGACCGGGACGAGGGAUUAACCAGCGCCUUCGUCAUAGCCCACGAACUAGGCCAUCUGUUAGGACUUACCCACGACGAUGACUCUCACUGUCACAAUGAAGCAACAAGAGGGUCCGUGAUGGCUCCUACGGUGCUUGCAACUCUCCACAACUACUCCUGGUCACCGUGUUCUAAAGAACAAUUUCAUGAAAAAUCAAAGCGAUGGUGGUGUCUACAUGAAAGAAGUCGAGAUGAAGGUGUGGAACUGGGAGGAGCUAAAGAAAUAUCUAACUACGUGUUUACAUUGGACGAGCAAUGCCGAACGGAGUUCGGUGAAGGGUUCUCAGUGUGCAAGUCUGUGAAAGUGCGGUCGGCGUGUUCACGGCUCUGGUGCGCCGAUCGCGCCAUGCCCCAUGUCUGCCGCUCUAAACGAGCGCCCCCACUUGAAGGAACGCCUUGUGGAUAUAACAAAUGGUGUGUGGACCGUAUCUGCGAGCCAAUGCCUGGACACGCAUUAAAGACUGAGAGAAACGAAAACACACAGGUUACUGUGAACAGAUUUGAUGAAAAGAAGGGAGAGAAACCAGAGUGGACAGAAUGGGAAGCGUGGAGUGAGUGUAAUGUCAAAUGUGGAUAUGGAUUGCAGACGAGAUUACGGCGGUGUCGGUAUAGGGGGGAAAUAUCAGAGAGUGCGUGUGAAGGAGCUGGCUCUCAGAUGCGCACGUGCUGGGCGGGGUCGGCUUGCGCAGGGGCUAGAGAUGCACGGGCUGAUCUCUGCUACCGGCAAUAUCACCGGUUCAUACCAUACAUACAUCCCAACGACACUCAGCACUGUGACAUGUGGUGUGUGGAGUAUACUGGUGGUUCACCAUCCAACUACGGAGCUCUACCUGAUGGAACUCCUUGCAGCUACAGUAAACCCUACGAUAUAUGCUUCCAGGGUACCUGUGUGAAAGGUCUCUGCAACUCAACUGAUCCUGAGUGCAAUUGGUGUCCAGAUGGCUACUGCAAUAACAACACACACAUAUACACCAGGAGGCUUGGCAAAGGUUGGACCCGAUUGGCAAUGGUACCUCACGGCGCACACCAGCUUUCAGUUCACAUCACAACUCCAGUCUCUCUAAAUAUAGCUCUAAGAGAGCGUAAGAAGGACAGGCAAAUUUUGGAACUAAUCAAACACUCCAAACGCUACGAUAUUGACGACAAUAAAUACUUAAAGUACGAUCCGAGCGUGCCUCAGAAUCUGCAAAUCGUGGAAGUGGAUAAUCACAUAAUAGACAUCAAAGAGGAGGAAGUGAGAUGGGAAGGGUCUGCUGUAGCCGCGGGUACUUUUCUUCGGUGGACCAUUGCAGAAACGGACGUGGUUAUAACAUCCGACUCUCGAUUACACACUGACUUAAUGAUAAUGGCACAUCCUGAGCAUCCAGUAACGUCUGAUGAAACGGUACCAGUUGAAAUGUCACUCAAUUACAGCACACCAGCAAGUCGGACUGUGAACACCACACCUGUCGGCCGGUCACGACCCAUGGACUACACAUGGCCAACCGAGCACAGUCCAUGCUCCGUAUCUUGUGGAGGCGGAAUGCGGUUUGCGCGACCACGCUGCCUACGUGAACAUAGAUGUCCCCCGGUACUGGAACCAUGUAAUACACACAGCUGCGAGUUCACGUGGUCUGAAGGCGAGUGGGAAGAGUGCAGCGCCACGUGCGGUGAUACAGGCGUGCAGGAAAGACAGCUCUACUGCGUGCCGCUCAACGUUAGUAUAUCAUCACGAAGAGAUCUAUUGAGAUACAGUGUAUCACCAGCGCUAUGCUCGUCAAAACAGCCCAGUAAAACACAACCAUGCAAUCGUAUUCAAUGUCCCGUGUAUUGGCGUGAAAUGCCUUGGACACAGUGUUCAGUAACCUGUGGUCGCGGCGUGUCACGCCGUCCUCUAGUAUGUCCGGCACCCAACGAGCAUCUCUGUGGUAAGAAACCGCGGGAACGUACCCGUCGUUGUCGCGCCAGACAAUGCUCCUCCCGCCGUUUUCCUCCACGCAACCCUGUGUGUCCUCCAGCAGACACUACACAGUACUGCGAACUGUUCCCCCCGGAUGAACUGAAAAGAAAUUGUUUCGUACCACCGUUCAGGAAGUAUUGUUGCAACGCGUGUAGAGAAGUUGAUAGGGGACAUUUUAGAGGCAAUGGAUAG